GGAUGCAUCUCCACGUGUGCGCCACAGCCAGCCACACGGCUCUCUCAAACCUCCAGGGGGCGCUGUUGGGUGAUGAACUUUGCUCUGAAACAACUGGGCGUGUUUUGAGCGCCUCAGGAGUCACACUGGAGUUUCCGCGGAGGUAGUAUGGGGAGAGGAGAAAAGGGACGUUUCUAGGUCGGACAGGAGCAGGUACAGCUCAGAGCCAGGUGGAGAUGGAGGACCUGUGGGUUGCAGUGCUGUGGGGGAUGAAGAUAUGGCUGUACCUCAUCAUCAGCCUCAUCAUGGUCCCUGCUAUGUUUGGGUUCUCACUGGGAAUCUCUGAAACAUACAUGACUAUACUGAUUAAAACAUUAGAGUGGGCCACGCUGAAACUACAAAAGGAAAAAGCAGAUGAACAGACUCUUAAAACCAGCGCUUCAAAUGGACUGAUUCAGAGAGAAGACGGCUCUAUGGAAAAAGAACUGGAGGAGCUGAGGCGCAGUCGGCCUAAACCUCCAGUUGGCGGCGAUUUCACCCUAAGUGACUGUUUCUACUUCUCACGUAAAGGAAUCGAGAGCAUUGUUGAGGAUGAGGUGACCCAGCGUUUUAGUUCAGAGGAGCUGGUGUCCUGGAACCUUCUGACUCGUACUAACAACGACUUCGAGUAUAUAAGCCUAAAAUUAACACUGGUUUAUGGUCUGGGCAUUUUUGUUAGAUAUUGCAUCCUCGCUCCUUUAAGAAUUACUUUAGCAUGCAUUGGCCUGACCUGGUUAGUAAUCGGGACAUCUGCAGUUGGAUUCCUCCCAAACAGCAGUGUUAAGUACUGGCUCAGUGAAUGGGUUCAUGUUAUGUGCUACAGAAUCUGUGCACGAGGACUUUCAGCCGCCAUCCGCUAUCACAACAGAGAAAACAAACCAAAGAAAGGUGGAAUAUGUGUUGCAAACCACACCACUCCGAUCGACAUAGUGAUUUUGUGUAAUGACGGGUGUUAUGCUAUGGUUGGUCAAGUUCACGGAGGGCUUAUGGGAAUAGUCCAGAGGGCCAUGGUGAGGUCAUGUCCUCAUGUGUGGUUUGAGAGAGCAGAGAUGAAAGAUCGCCAUCUAGUGACUAAAAGGUUAAAGGAUCAUGUGAACGACAAGACUAAACUUCCCAUAUUGAUUUUUCCUGAAGGAACCUGUGUCAACAACACGUCUGUCAUGAUGUUUAAAAAAGGAAGUUUUGAAAUUGGAGCUACAAUUUAUCCAGUGGCCAUUAAGUACGACCCAAAGUUUGGUGAUGCUUUUUGGAACAGUUCUAAGUACAGCAUGGUCAGCUACCUGCUCAGGAUGAUGACCAGCUGGGCUCUGGUCUGUAACGUGUGGUACCUGCCAGCGAUGCACCAGCAGGAGGGUGAGGACGCAGUCCAGUUUGCAAAUCGAGUUAAGUCGGCCAUCGCUCAUCAAGGAGGACUGGUAGAUCUGCAGUGGGAUGGGGGUCUGAAGAGAGCAAAAGUGAAGGAGACUUUCAGGGAGCAGCAGCAGAAGAAGUACAGCAACAUGGUGGUGGGAGACGAGAGCAGUAACAGUGACUGAUCCCUGUCGGAUUCUUUGGGAUAAAGCACAAAAACAUGGAAAACAACAUGGACAAAGAAACGUAAA